AUGGAGAGUUCCUUUGUCAUCUCCUUAAUCUCUGGAGCUUGUGCAGGCACGUCUACCGACCUAGCAUUUUUUCCUAUUGAUACUUUGAAGACUCGUCUCCAGGCUAAAGGGGGCUUCUUUAUUAACGGCGGCUGGUCGGGUAUAUACAAGGGGCUCGGAUCUGCCCUUGUGGCACUGGCUCCCUCUGCUUCCUUAUUUUUCAUCACAUACGAUGGGCUUAAAGAAGCAACAAAAGACAAGCUCCCGACAACGGCGAGUCACAUGGUGAGUGCAUCUGGAGGAGAGUUUGCGGCGUGUCUAGUAAGAGUCCCAGCUGAAAUUGUGAAGCAACGGACGCAGGCAGGUAUAGUCGGAGUGGGAAACCAAGCCUCUUCUUGGGCAAACUUCUUGUACUUACUUCAAAAUAAGUCGGGUGAAGGCGUUUUGCGUGGGCUUUACCGAGGUUGGAAUUCCACCAUUAUGCGGGAGAUCCCAUUUACAGUGAUCCAGUUUCCCUUAUACGAGAAACUCAAGAAGUUGUGGUCCGCGUACGACAAUGCAGAACUUUCUUUGUUGAAAGGUGCGAUUUGCGGAUCCAUAGCUGGAGGCGUUGCUGCUGCCACAACCACACCGCUCGAUGUGAUCAAGACCAGAAUCAUGCUCAAUAAGGAGAGGGUGUCUGUGACUUUUUUGGUCAAGCAAAUGUUAUCUGAGGAGGGCCCACGGGUCUUCUUAAACGGUAUUGGACCACGAACUUGUUGGAUUAGUGCAGGCGGGGCUAUCUUUUUGGGGUGCUACGAGUUGGUCAAUACAAAUUUGAGAAAAGCCCCCAGUGAGGGGGCUUUGGGUUGA